UGUCCCCUCCAUUAGUUGACUCUAAAGCGCUCAGACCGCCGAAUCGUCAGGGCAUUAAAGUCUCCGUCGCCUCUCCGACUGAUCGACGCCCGUAACUGUACGAUACUAGUGCGACAAAUUUGUUUUUAAUUAAUAGGCUAUGCUUCGGAUCAGUUGUUAUUUCGAAAGAAGAGUGUGUAACAGAGUUUGUACUUAAAUUUAUUUACGUUCACUAACCAAAUCCCUUAUUUACUUUACGAUGACUCAACUUUGCGGUACGGAUAAUACUUAGAUUACUACUUUAGACAAAAUAUUGCGAAAGCGCUGAACGUGAACGGCCCCGUCGGGGGUGGGAUGCCGCCGACUUCUUAAGGGUCCAUCGACCCAUUAUGCGCAAAGUCCGGAAAGAAUUUACCAUUAAGGCGUUGUUUUGGAUUAUUUUGCUAAUUGCUAACUUAAGGACGUCGGUAAGUGCUUUUGGCGCUCAAGUGAUCUGCAAUAGGAUAACUGGACUGACGGCUGGCCAACGAAGAAUUUGUGCCGCUGCACCUGACGCUAUGGCCGCCGUCGGCCACGGUAUUCGUAUGGCCAAACAAGAAUGUCAAAUACAAUUCAACAGUCAUAGAUGGAACUGUACUGGACCGACCAAAGGCAAUCCUUUUGGACACCUACAGAUCACAGCCAGUCGUGAAGCUGCAUACAUGUAUGCUGUAAUUAGUGCAGGAGUAACAUAUUCGCUAAUGGAUGCAUGCAGCAGAGGAAACAUAUCCAUAUGUGGAUGUGAUACACACUACUCUGGUGUAUUGGACGUGGGACCUACAGCUUCGUCAUGGAAAUGGGGUGGCUGCAGUGUAGACUUAAACUUUGGCAUGGGUUUUGCAAGGAAGUUUUUAGACGCACAAGAGUCGGAUGCCAGUGAUCCUAGAAGUUUGAUGAACCUUCAUAACAACAAAGCUGGCAGAAAGAUAGUGAAACAAUUGUUGAACACCGAUUGUAAGUGCCACGGAGUAUCGGGGAGCUGCACUAUGAAAACAUGUUGGCACAGCUUGCCACAUUUCCGCCAUGUUGGUAAAGCUCUGAUGAAGAAAUAUUGGAAGGCGCGAGGUGUAUCUGCAACACCUACAAUGCCUCGGCCACAGUCGUUCACGACCAACGGCCGGUCAAAACGACCCCACGGAAAGCGGUCUUCCAGACGACUCAAACUGAAGCUUCGACUAGCCAGAUCUACGAGUAUUAAUCAAGAAGAGCCUAGAAUCACCGAACUCGUGUACUUGGAACAAUCUCCUAACUACUGUGAUAGGGACUAUGGUACUGGAUCGUUAGGGACGCAUGGAAGAUUAUGUAAUAGGACUUCUGAGGGUACUGAUGGGUGUGAUCUACUGUGUUGUGGAAGAGGUUACAACACUCAUCAAUUCGUCAGGAGCAAACAAUGUCGCUGUACAUUUUACUGGUGUUGCUAUGUCAAGUGUGACACAUGUGUCGAACGCAUUGAAGAAUACACUUGCAAAUGACUGAACACAAAAAUUAUUUGUAAUUAUCAACAAACAUGUAAAUAAGUGUAUACAUUUAUAAAAAUAACCUCCGUUUGUCUGUUUAUGUUUUUGUCUGUCUAAUUAAAUAAAACAAAAUUUAUAUA